CAGAGGACAAAAGUCUCCUGGCGGGUUACGUCGCCAUGUUUCUUGAAGAGUACAACACUGCUCAGGAUCUGUUUCUUGGAUCAGCGUUCCCAUUAGCUGCACUCGAGAUGAGGCGAGAUCUCCUUCACUGGGACCAAGCCCUUGAACUGGCCAAGAAUUUAGCUCCCGAACAGAUUCCUUACAUUUCAAGAGAAUACGCACAGCAACUUGAGUUCACCGGAGAUUACAGUAAUGCCCUCCUUCACUAUGAGAAAGGAAUAACCAAGCUACCAGAGGUUUAA